GUUAAACAAAUUACGGAAAUAUCGGAAUAUUGACAACCAAUGAAAUAAGAUUUUGUGAUUACAAAAUAAUUAAGGACAUCAUGUUGCGUUACGGAAAUAAAUUGGAAUACAUUUUCAUUUCAAUCGUAUUAAUAACAUUUGCAUAUGAAACAUCAGCAUCUCCUCUGCCCGGACUAAACAAAAAAUAUGAGAAAAACAACCAUACCGGCUCAUCUCAAUUUUCUGGAUUACAACAAUUGAGAAUUUUGCGUCAUCUAAUUAAGGAAUGUGAAAAUUCGUCAUCGAAUUCAUCAGCCACAAUCAAAACAUGGCAAUGUCUGAAGGUCACAAGUUUAUAUUUAUUCGAUGACGUCACAUCGCGGGAUGUGGUGCCCGUUUGGAGAGGUGUUCGAUUUGUACGUCUAUCGCCCAAAAAAUCUAAUUAUGACGCUUCAAACGCUGAAAACGAUUUGUAUAAUGAUAGUCAAUUUUGGAAACGUAAGGAUACGCAGUAUCUGACGUGGUUUGAUCGUUUGGCUUUGAGUUUUAGACGAUUGUUGUGGACGCAUAAGUUGGAAAUCGAUUUGAAGGAAGUGAUGGAUGCCUACAUGGAAUACAGGAAGGAAAACGAUAACCUGUCAAAUUCUAAUUCAUCAGACCCCAUUGGAACGGCAAGACAUCGUCGACAUCGUUACAAUAUGAUGCUGACUAUGAUGUUUGGUGUAACAGCUUUCGGGGCUGUUCUGGUGCCAAUGGGCUUCCAACUGCUGUCUGUGGUGAGCGGUAAAGCGUUGCUAUUGGCGAAAAUGGCUUUGCUCUUGGCUUCUAUAAAUGGUCUCAAACGAGUGGCCAACAGUGGCCUUCACUACGGGCUCUAUCAUGUACCCGGUGAGCAUUAUGGUGGCUAUUACGAUCGUGGAGAUGUACAUCAUCCAAGAAAUGUACAAAACCUUUUGACACCGUCCAAUCAAAUGAGGGGAGUGCCUCUGGAAGUGGGUAUUAGUGUUAAGUGAGGGGGUUUUGUGAAAUAAAUGGCUGUGCGCCCAAAACGAGAACAAAAA